CGAUGACGUCUUUUAGCAGCCUUGUUUUGUUAAGAUGGCGCUGCGGCCAGGACCAGGGGGAGCUGGCAGUUUUAUAUAUCCUGUCGGAGGUGGCCUGGGACCUCCACAAGGCCUGAUGCCCGUGCAGGGUCCGCAGCCGCAACAGGGCUUCCCCAUGAUGCAGGUCAUGUCGCCCAACAUGCAGGGAAUGAUGGGAAUCAAUUUUGGGGCCCAGAUGACCCCAGCAGCCAUGCCAAUGCAGGGUGGGCUGACGAUGGGGAUCCAGGCCCCUGGGAUGCAGUUUGUGGGUCAGCCCCAAUUCAUCAGUGUGAGGGCCACCGGCCCGCAGUACACACACAUAGCUGAGGAGCAUCAGAAGCGACUGGAGCAGCAGCAGAAGCUGCUGGAGGAGGACCGCAAGCGGAGGCAGUUUGAGGAGCAGAAACAGAAACUGCGUCUGCUGAGCAGCGUCAAGCCCAAGGCAGGAGAGAAGAGUCGGGACGAUGCACUGGAGGCCAUCAAAGGGAACCUGGACGGCUUCAGCAGAGACGCAAAGCUGCACCCCACGCCAUCCUCGCACCCCAAGAAAGCAGGUGUAGGAGUCUACCCUCAGCAGGACCACAUCCAGCCUCUUAUGCCUGCCUGGCUGUACAAUGACAGCCUGGUCCCAGAACUCUUCAAAAAGGUGCUGGACUUCACUCUGACCCCUGCUGGCAUUGACACAGCCAAGCUGUACCCCAUUCUGAUGUCAUCAGGCCUGCCCAGAGAGGCGCUGGGACAGAUCUGGGCUUCAGCCAAUCGCACCACACCUGGCAAGCUGACCAAGGAGGAGCUCUAUGCUGUGUUGGCCAUGAUUGGUGUAACACAGAGUGGUAUUCCAGCAAUGGGUCUGGAUAUUUUGAGUCAGUUCCCCUCUCCCCCAAUGCCCAACCUGCCUGCCAUGACCGCACCCCCUGUCCUGCCCCAGCACCAACAGCCAAUCAUGUCUCAGACAUCAGUCUCUAUGGCCACGCCCCCUGUCUUGCCCCAGCACCAACAGCCAAUCAUGUCUCAGACAGCAGUCCCCAUGACCACACCCCCUGUCCUGCCUCAGCACCAACUUCCAAUCAUGUCUCAGACUCCCGUCUCCAUGGCCACACCGCCUGUCCUUCCCCAGCAUCAACAGCCAAUCAUGUCUCAGACACCUGUCUCCACACCGACUCCAACACCUGCAGUCAUUGGCAUGAGUUCAAGCACCAGCAUCCAGCCUGCCAACAGCUUUGUCGCCUGUUUCCCACCUCUGCAGGGAACGAAACCAGACGAUGAUGAUUUCCAGGACUUCCAGGAGGCACCCAAGGCUGGGGCCAGCGAGGACCCCUUCACUGACUUCCAAGCAGAACCAGGAAACACAUUCUCCAGCACAGCUCAUCCCCAACAACAGACUAGUGUUACUGCAAUACUGACUCCAGUGUCCAGAUCCUCAUCCCUGGAUAAAUAUGCUGCAUUCAAACAGCUAUCUGUGGAGCAAGCUGCAGAUACCUCCUCCCCUGCCUCAGAUUUUACAGAUAAAUAUAGUGUCUUCAGACAGCUUGAGCAACCUGGAGAUAGAAAGUCAGGUGAAGGAUUUUCAGACUUUAAGUCCGCCAGUACCGAUGAUGGCUUCACAGACUUUAAAACAGCCGAUGCAGUGUCUCCAUCAGACCCUUCGGAUCAAACAAAGACCUUCCACCCCUCAUUCCCUCCCCCUUUUGCCCUCUCUCAGCCUCUGCAUCAACAGCCCCAGAACCCCCCCUCCCGGCCGCGAUGCAGAAACCCUCUCAACAUGGCCGACUUGGACCUCUUUGCCCCCACGGCUCCACCUGCGCCUGCCGCUGACCCCAAAAACCUGCCUUUCCCUUCCACUCCCCAAUCUGCAGAGCCCCGCCCAGAGGGAGCUGUGCCCUUGGGCAAAGCUGGCGAUGAUUUUGGGGAGUUCGCCCUCUUUGGAUCCUCUGCCCCCAACUCCUGCUCGGCUGCAACGCCGGGCUGCACUGUUGGGGUGGGGGGAACGGCUCUCGAUGAGUUUGCCGACUUUCUGGCUUUCAGGAGGCCUGGGGAGAUCUCAGCCGACACUAACCCCGCCCUGAGCGGCUCCAGGAUGGGGGAGGCUCUGCCCCGGCAGCAGCAACAGCAUGUCUCAGACAAAUACAACAUCUUCAAGCAGUUCUCUUUGGAAGGCAGCCUGGGCUACGACACCAAGGAUAGUGGGGGCUGUGCAGCCUCUCUGAAGAGCGACAUUGACGAUUUUGCCGAAUUCCAGUCCUCCAAGUUCUGCACUGCCCUGGGGGCCUCAGAGAAGAGCCUGCUGGACAAAGUCACCUCCUUCAAACAGUCCAAGGAAGACUCCGCCUCCGUCAAGUCCCUGGACCUCCCAUCCACUGGGGGCAGCAGUGCGGGAAAGGAGGACUCGGAAGACACGCUCUCUGUGCAGCUGGACAUGAAGCUGUCAGACAUGAGCGGAGACCUGAAGCACGUGAUGUCUGACAGCUCUCUGGACCUGCCUGCAAUGUCCGCCCACCAGCCCCCCGCCUCAGGUGAGGAACUAGUGCGCUUACUGUGGUGAGACGCAGCUCAGCUACGCACACCUCUGCUCCCAGGCCCUCUCUGCUCCAGGCAACCCUUUGGCCCCUGCCCCAGUGCCCCCCACAGUGCAUAUGUACUGUGGCCACUUUAUCAGCCCAGUAUUUAAAACCAUCAGUUCAGAGCACACUUCAUAGCCUUCCAUGAAACCCAGAAAUACUGUGUGCCCAUCAUUUUGUUUGUGUCUAAUUUUAUUUAUUUAUUUAUUUAUUUAUUUAUUUAUUUAUUUAUUUAUUUAUUUAUUUAUUUAUUAUUUAUGUAUGUAUGUAUGUAUUUAUUUGUUUGUUUGUUACAUUGCCAUUUAUGAAUUGAUCUGUAUUUCCAUGUGUUUUCAGGCUGUUUUAUAAGGAUGGUCCAUAUUGUAUUGGUUGUAGGACUCUGUUUCUGCUGAAUUAGUUGUUGUAGCAGUGUUAAUGUACCCACCAGUGUGAUAAAUCCCUGAAUCCCUGGUACCCCAGACAUGUCUCCUGCAUAAAGCACACUGCCUCUGUCCUGCUCAAAUUUAUUUAACAACCACACUGGCAAUAGGAAAGGACUCUCUCCCUUUUCACUUAUCAUUGCAUCCUUCACGUUAGUCCUUACUUGGCUGCAUACUUGGGUCAGAUCAGUAUUUAAAAUAUAGUCCCCCCUCCACUGUUUGCUGUCUGCUAACAUUAUACAAUCUGUAGCCAGAAACAAUAUGCUACGUGUGUGUAUUUAAUCAAAGGCGAGCACAGCAGUGCUCAUUCAACCCAGUCUCACUGUCAACAGACAGCUCACCACUUUUCAGUCCUUAUAGACAGACAACUCAGAUUAUGGACCUGGUUACAUGAUAGCAGCCCAUAGAAGCAUGGAGAUAUUCUUGGAUACCUCAGGUACAACCUGUUCGGAACCAGUGGGAGGACAACAGAACCCAUAGGAUAUUACAUUCAUAAACUUCUAUGAUGCAUCAAUUAACAUAACAAUAGCGAAAUACAGUAUGUAACUUGGAUAGCUUGCUAGGUAAGAUAAUAUAUCUAAAUAGAAGACAUUCUAUAGUUACAAAUGGAAAAGCUAGACAGGUUAAAUUAAUAAUACUUACUUUCAGGUUUUGGAGGCAUUCACGGAAACUGGGCACUGCUAAUCUCAGUGUUCUCUGAGAGCUGUUUAGGCUCGCCUCAACCUGUGCUAACAAACUGCACCCAUUUCACACAAAAGUGAUACAAUUGUAUGUAGUACUGCAGAGAAAAGGCCUCUCCUAUGUUACAGUGGAAAACAGCAUAACUUCUGUUUGUAGACAGUGCCGUCAUUCGCAUUAUAAUGCAUUAGCUAGUUCACUGCUGUCAUAUCAGCACCAGCGCCAUGUCAUUAUUAAUAAGACAGAAAGAUUCCAUGAUGUAUCAAAACCAGUGAUUUUGCUUAAAUUCAUUGCAUUGUUGAUAGCUGACUUUGAUCCUCAGUGUUUUCAACAGCAAAACCGGCUCAUUCACAGAUCUGACAGCAUAUUUUACAUUUUAGCAGGUGUGCAUUGUGCAUUAGAGUGUAUAAAUGCCUCCAAGAGAUUUAUCAGCAGAGCAGUCAUGAUUUUGACUGGAGGGGGUCUUUAAAGAGUGUUUCACUCAGGUCUGUUAUCGUGUGCUGCUGCUCACCUGGAGAGCACUGAUGGUCAGCAUGUUGAUGCCGAUGGUCCUAAAAAAAUUAAAAUAGGUGGGGCAUUCAUGCACAGCACACCACUGUAUUAUUUUCCAAGUAGAUUAUUGUCCCUAAGAAACUUUAUGUAAGAUAUUUUAGACUGCCAUUACCUCUUUACUAAUAAUCUGAUUCUGUUAUAUGCACAUAGAAGGACUUUAUUUAAUUAAUAAUGCAGCCGAAUAUUAAAAGACGCUGUGAGGUAGUGCAGUGCGUGUACACUUUCAGUCAACAUUCCUGUACUGAAAUGACUGUAUUGGCUGUCAGUCUGAUCGAUCAGACCUUGCCCUUGUGUGCAUGCAGCAGAUGUUAUAGAUAUUCUCUGUUAAAACAGCAUUUCAUUGGGUCAAGUUUGAAUAUUAUUAAAAGACAUUAAAAUAGAAAAGGAGCUUGAGUUAUGUUCGUGUAGCGCAAGAAGUGGCAAAGGUGAAUUUUAUUUAAUCACCUGAUCUUACUUCACAAUUCACCUUACGGAGCAAGGUACAUAUUCCUGAAUACUCAAGACCUCUUCUUAAAAUAUGUGUGCACAUUUAUACACGCUCAUGGGUCUGUUGGCUUCUUGGCUGAGUGAGAUUUGCUUUGAUUUAGGCUUAUAGAUGUCAGAAUAAGCAGUGUUAAUUUCAGUGUGUGUGCAUGUGUUGUAGUGCUGUGUGAGAAACAUUAAUGAUCUGUCUGCAGAAGUUGUUCCACAGACCCAAUCAAGGCUGUUUGUUCUCUGCAUUCCUACUUCAUAUUCAUCAAUGUUUAUUCUUAAAGAGACAGUAUCUCUUUUUGUGGAAUGUUUUUGGCCUAGAAAUCUACAUCAAAGCAAUAUUAGUAUCUGAAUUAUAAUAUUAUUAAUCAUAAUAAUAUUAAUAUUAACAUAAUUAAUACAACAACAAAAAAAACUGUGGGAUCAUACAGCUGGUAUACAUCUGCAUAUCAAUCCACCUUUUUAAAAAAUAUGUACAGUGAGCUCCAUGAUUUUUGGCACAAGGACAAUUAUUUUUGAUUUGGCUCUGUGCUCCACAAUUUAAAAUUUGUAAUCAGCCAAUUCAUGGUUAAUUUGCACAUUCUCAGCUUUUAUGGGUAUUUUUAUACUCUUUGGUUCCACCAUAUAGAAAUCACAGCUUUUUAUACAUACUUUAACGUAUGCAGAAUGUUCAGUAAGAUUCAAAUUGGGUAACUUCAAUCAAAAGCCAAUCAAUUUCCCAGUUUUUGGCUUUCGUUGCUUUAGCAGUAUGUUUGGGAUCAUUGUCUUGCUGUAGGAUGAAGUGCCAUCCAAUGAGUUUUUAAAGGCAUUUUAUUGAACCUGUUUCUGAUCUGUCAGGCAGGUGGUCACAGUGUCAGUUCACUGCGGUCAUCAACUGUAGAGGUCGUUCUUAGCCUACCAGGCCCUUUGCAAUUUCUGAACUCACCAGUGUUCUCUUCUAUUCUCCAAGCAGUUG